AUGGCCAUCCUGUUCUCAGGCAUCGUGAUGUCGCACUAUACGCACCAUAACCUGUCCCCGGUCACCCAGAUCCUCAUGCAGCAGACCCUCCGGACCGUGGCCUUCCUGUGCGAAACAUGUGUGUUUGCAUUUCUUGGCCUGUCCAUUUUUAGUUUCCCUCACAAGUUUGAAAUUUCCUUUGUCGUCUGGUGCAUAGUGCUUGUACUGUUUGGCAGAGCAGUGAACAUUUUCCCUCUUUCCUACCUUCUGAAUUUCUUCCGUGAUCAUAAAAUCACCCCGAAGAUGAUGUUCAUCAUGUGGUUUAGCGGCUUGCGGGGUGCCAUCCCCUACGCCCUGAGCCUGCACCUGGACCUGGAGCCCAUGGAGAAGCGGCAGCUCAUCGGCACCACCACCAUCAUCAUCGUGCUCUUCACCAUCCUGCUGCUGGGCGGCAGCACCAUGCCCCUCAUCCGCCUCAUGGACAUCGAGGACGCCAAGGCGCGUCGCCGGAGCAAGAAGGAUGUCAACCUCAGCAAGACAGAGAAGAUGGGCAACACAGUGGAGUCGGAGCACUUGUCGGAGCUCACCGAGGAGGAGUAUGAAGCCCACUACAUCAGGCGGCAGGACCUCAAAGGCUUCCUGUGGUUGGAUGUCAAGUACCUGAACCCCUUCUUCACGCGGCGGCUGACCCAGGAGGACCUCCACCACGGGCGCAUGCAGAUGAAAACCCUCACCAACAAGUGGUACGAGGAGGUGCGCCAGGGCCCCUCUGGCUCUGAGGACGAGGAGCAGGAGCUGCUGUGA